AUGAAAAGAAUGAACAGAGAAAUGAGCAUGCUCCAGAAAUUAGACUUAUUUUGUUGUCAAUCAAAUUCUUUGUUACUAACAAAACUUACAUUUCUAUCCCGUUCUACUGCUAAAGUUCUUCAACCCCGAAAUUUCGGUUUUGCUCUUCUUGUGCAAAUACGCAAUAUUGAAAAAGCUACACUAACAAAUAUGCAUGUGGAAAUAUUGCAACGAAAAUUGAAGUUUAAAAUUAUUGUUGAUGUUUGUCUCCCCUUCACACGAAUGAAUCAUAAGAUAAAAGGAGUUGAAGAGGUUGAUGACACUCGUUUUUCACGAAUAUCAACAUUUAGUUGA